UACCCGCUGUGGGCCACCCGUUACCCCACUACCGAGAGAACAGCGGACGUUCCACCCAUUUCUGGUCUGGGGAGGGGUGCCGCCAACCUUUUGGAGCCCAUUUUACGACAAUGUGCGGCUGCGCGGUGUGGCUGACGGCAACGCCGCACUGCUCUUGGAGAGGUCACUCCGGAGACGGCUUUGGUUUUGGGUUGUGGGGGUCGCUGGCAGUAUGUGGCGAGUCUGUGCUCGACGGGCACGGAAUGUGGCCCCAAGGGCAGGAUUCGGGGCUCGGUGGACCGCCUUGCGGGAGGACCCGGGAGCUCCGUGCGUGACCCCGCGGGCUGGCGCGGCUCCGGCUCGUUGCAGCAGCGGGACCGCGGGGUAUGGCAGGGUCCGCGCCCUCUGCGGGUGGAGCCCCAGCUCGUGGGCCGCACCGAGGAAUCGCCUCGCGCUGCAGCUUUUGGGAUCGCCUAGCCGCCGCUGUUACAGCCUGCCCCCGCAUCAGAAGGUUCCAUUGCCCUCUCUUUCCCCCACAAUGCAGGCAGGCACCAUAGCCCGUUGGGAAAAAAAGGAAGGGGAAAAAAUCAAUGAGGGUGAACUAAUUGCAGAGGUCGAAACUGAUAAGGCCACUGUUGGAUUUGAGAGCCUGGAGGAGUGUUACAUGGCAAAGAUACUUGUGGCUGAAGGUACCAGAGAUGUUCCAGUUGGAGCAAUCAUCUGCAUCACAGUUGAGAAGCCUGAGGAUAUUGAGGCCUUUAAAAAUUACACACUGGAUUCCGCAGCAGCACCUACCCCGCAAGCAGCCGCAGCACCAACCCCCGCUGCCCCUGCUUCACCACCCACACCUUCUGCUCAGGCUCCUGGUAGCUCCUAUCCCACUCACAUGCAGGUGGUUCUUCCUGCCCUCUCUCCCACCAUGACCAUGGGCACAGUUCAGAGAUGGGAAAAAAAAGUGGGUGAGAAGCUAAGUGAAGGAGAUUUAUUGGCAGAGAUAGAGACUGACAAGGCCACUAUAGGUUUUGAAGUACAGGAAGAGGGUUACCUGGCAAAAAUCCUGAUCCCUGAAGGCACAAGAGAUGUCCCUCUAGGAACCCCACUCUGUAUCAUUGUAGAAAAAGAGGAAGAUAUACCAGCAUUUGCUGACUAUAGGCCAACUGAAGUAACUGAUUUAAAACCACAAGCACCACCAUCUCCUCCACCCCCGGUGGCCCCUGUUCCUCCAACUCCCCAACCUGUAGCCCCUACACCUUCAGCCACCCGCCCUACUACUCCUGCUGGACCAAAGGGAAAGUUGUUCGUUAGUCCUCUUGCAAAGAAAUUGGCAGCAGAGAAAGGGAUUGACCUUACACAGGUAAAAGGGACGGGACCAGAAGGCAGAAUCAUCAAGAAGGAUAUCGACUCUUUUGUGCCUACUAAAGCUGCUCCUGCUCCAGCAGCUGCUGUGCCUGCCCCGGGUCCAGGAGUGGCACCCGUUCCCACAGGUGUCUUCACAGAUGUCCCAGUCAGCAACAUUCGUCGCGUUAUUGCACAGCGGUUAAUGCAGUCUAAGCAAACCAUACCUCAUUAUUACCUUUCCAUUGACGUAAAUAUGGGAGAAGUUUUGUUGGUACGGAAAGAACUUAAUAAGAUGUUAGAAGGGAGAAGCAAAAUUUCUGUCAAUGACUUCAUCAUAAAAGCUUCAGCUUUGGCAUGUUUAAAAGUUCCUGAAGCCAAUUCUUCUUGGCUGGACACAGUUAUAAGACAAAAUCAUGUAGUCGAUAUCAGUGUUGGAGUCAGCACUCCUGCAGGACUCAUUACACCUAUUGUAUUUAAUGCACAUAUAAAAGGACUGGAAGCCAUUGCUAAUGAUGUUGUUUCUUUAGCAACCAAAGCACGAGAGGGUAAACUUCAGCCUCAUGAGUUCCAGGGUGGUACUUUUACAAUAUCUAAUUUAGGGAUGUUUGGAAUUAAGAACUUCUCUGCUAUUAUUAACCCACCUCAAGCAUGUAUUUUGGCGAUUGGUGCUUCAGAGGAUAGACUGGUUCCAGCAGAUAAUGAGAAAGGAUUUGAUGUGGCUAGCAUGAUGUCUGUUACACUCAGUUGUGACCAUCGGGUUGUGGAUGGAGCAGUUGGAGCCCAGUGGCUUGCUGAGUUUAGAAAGUACCUUGAAAAACCUAUCACCAUGUUGUUAUAAUUAACCCAAGAAUUUCUAGACUCUCCCAGGUCACAGUGGUUCAUUCUUAUCAAGAUACAAAUAUGUUAUUAUGCAAGUGGUUCUUUUUAUUUUGAAGUUAACCAGUUAUUUUUGAGUCUGUCCAGAUAAGUUAUUUGUAAUGGGCAUUACUGAAUUUUUUUAAAUGCCAAUUACACCUACAUAUUGUACACAUUUAAUAAACACCAGAUUUUGAGCUGUGUAUUCCUAGUCAAGAGAACAUGUGGCCUAGCCCUUUGGUGAGAAGUACUUCCACUGGGAAAUGCAGGGGUAGAAUUGUGGUUCCCUACUGAAACAGAUACAUAAAAGUAAUCUGGAUGAAACCUUGAGGUUUUGAAAUUUAAUUGCCUCAUGUUUUGCUUCAUUUGAGGGAAAGAGAAGUCAAGGAAAGAGAGAAGUCCUUUCUCUUAGAGAAAGGGUUUGAAUUAAAGAUUGAUUUUGGAAUUUAACCCUGUUACAUGAUCUUGGUUUAUCGUGGAUGGGAAGGGUAGAGAACUUUAAGGAAAAUAAGUGACAUUUUAAAAGUUAACAUUUUCUUACACUUCUGCAACUGAGUGUUCUUUGUUUAUUUUUCUAUGAAUUCCAAAAUGGUUGUUUUCACCUCUUAAGAUGGAAGAUAUAAAUAUAAACCAGCUACUUGGUAUAAAUGAGAAUUUGUGUGGGUAUUUAUUUAAACAACUUACAUGUGUAAUUCUGAAAGCAGAAUUUACAAUUAACUCCAAAUAAAAGAAUAUGCUUAUAGAAUUUAACAGAGAGAAGUUGUGAAAGUAGAAUUCUUCCUCCAUGAUUAACUGGUGGUUACUGACAAAUGAACUUAAUUGCCAGAAUCUGUUACUCAAAUAAUAUUGGAAAAUUAUAUCAAGUAACUGUGGAAUAGUGUACAUAUGUAAAAUAUGGUUUCUAGUGAGAUGGGUGCCAAAUUCCGUUUAUCACCAAGACCUGUCUGAAAAGAAGAGGGAAGAGAUACACUGGUAAGCAGUUGGGAGUGCUGAAAGGUUAGAAGCCAAGUGGUCACUUCUACUUGGAUAGAGUAAGAAGUGUUCAGUGUGUACAAAAAAAAAAGUGUUCUGUGUUUUUCCACCCAGUGUUGUCUCAUGUACAAUAUGAAAGUCCUAAAAUCCUAUUGGAGAGAAAAAAAAAAUUGUUUAGGUUGCUUGCUACCCGAUCAGCCUAAACAUUUUUUUUUUCCAUUUUGUUAUGAUUUGCCUUUCUUCUUGUGGGGGAGAAGAGUAGGAGGUGAUCUUCAGGAUAAUAAAAAUGAACUGGGAACAUUAUCACAAUUCCAGACUUUCUAUUGAAUUGAUGUGUUUUAAUAAAUAUUUAGAAUUGUUUAUGAUAAUUUAAAAUCAAUCUGAUCAGUGUUUUCUUGUGUGGAACAAUCCCCGAAAUUUAGGUCUUUUGGUGUUGAAUUUAUUUCUAAAUGUUCUUUGUUACAUGGUGCACAAGUAACACUGCAUAUAUUCCAGAAAUAUUUCCCUUGCUGUAUUAUUAUGAAAACAAUUCAUUAAUCUGAUUUUUCAGUAAUUAGUAAUGUUAGCUUGAAUUGAAGAUUAUGCAGAAGGAACAAGUUUAUCACGAGGGACCAUCAGUAUGAGGCACAUCUGGUUCAAAUACAUGAAACUUCAAAGAUAAUUCAUUCUUGGCAAAUGCUUAUGGCUCUAUUUUUCCCUUGAAAGAAAAAUAAAAGGUUGUCUUCUCAUAAGAAUUACUGAGUUAAAAAUUAAUCUGAGCUAUAACCUAAAUCUGGACUCAGUCUAUUUCUCUUACCAGAAUUGAAAGAAAAAAAAAGUUUUGGUUGAAAUUAUUUAAAAAUUAAACUAUAUGUUUUCAAUGCGUCUUGUCUAAUUUUUGAUCUGUUGGUAAUUAUUUUUCACAUUAAAUGAUUAAGGCCAGGGAUAGCUAUGUAUGUGUACACUCUUAAUAGUAACGCAUUUUAAGCAUACAGUAUUGGUAAAAUAAAGGACUGAGUUUAGCAGAAUAUAAUCUAACACUUCAAGCUCAAGGAGUUCUAAAGCACCUUGUGGUGGGGUGCAGCACAUAGCAAGGUGAAAGCAUAGUCUGGCCCUGUUAGAUAGUUGACACCGAUCCUGAGGUUUGUGAGUGAAGUUACAGGAACCCCAGGCCUGGUCUGAAAAAAAAGUUAACCAGCCGGAGAGAUGAUAUGGAAAGGUAAGGUGGGAAGCAUUCCAACUUUUUUUGAAGGAUGGAAAUAUACUAGGUGUGUUAACUUUAGGACAUCAUAUUACACAGCUCUAGAAAAUUUUCAGACAGUAAAUUAUCCUAUUGCUGGGAGAAUUCAAAUCCAACCAGGUUUAGGAGAAUUAUAUUUGUUUUUAAAUAUCACGGUAUCAACUGUUUAUAUUACAUAUACUAUAUUCGUGUUUUUAUUAUUAAAUUUAUUUUUGAGAGCGAGCAGGGGAGGGGCAGAAACAGAGGGGACAGAGAGAGACUUCCAGGCAGUCUCUGCACUGUCAGCACAGAGCCCCAUAUGGGGCUUGAACACACAAACUGAGCUUAUGAACUGAGCCAAAACCAAGAGGUGGACACUUAACCUACUGAGCCACCCAGGUGCCCUGACACUUUAUUAGUGUGUAAAGUUAAAAAGCUUUAGAGGCCCCUGGCUGGUUCAGUCAGAAGAGCAUGUGACUCUUGUUCUUGUGAGUUCAAGCCCCACGUUGGGUGUAGAGAUUACUAAGAAAAAUACUUAAAAAUAAAUAAAAAGCUUUAAAAUUAACCAGGACUUUAAAGACCUUAUGUUGAACUAGAAACUUACAAGGAAGAUGUAUUUAUACAAAAUGAUCAAGGAUGUUUAAAGUUUGAUGUGAACAUUGUUGGGCUAUAAAUUGGAAAGUUGGUAUCUUUGUGUUGAACAACCAUAUGACAACUUAGAUGCAUGGAAGUUGAGAAACACAUCACUUCUGUCUUAAAAUCAUUUUUUAUGUUUAUCUGGGGACAAAGGGAGCAGAGAGAGGGAGAAAGAGAAUCCCAAGCAGGCUCUGCAUUAUCAGUGCAGAUCUCCUGAACCGUGAGAUCAUGACCUGAGCUGAAAUUCAGUCGGAUGCUUAACCGGCUGAGCCACCUAGGUGCCGCUUAAAAUUAUCUUCUUAGGAGAAAGGCACAUGUCCCGAAGUCAGCUCCUUUUUCUUAAGGUUAGAUUGUUUUGCGUCUUAGGUGCAGUAACACCCAGCUGCUGUUACUGCAUCACUGUAUCCAAGACAAGUCCUUUUGAUGUUAAAAGGUCUGAGUAGCUUGCAUUCCUACCAUCAGGGCUAUUUUAUAGAAGUACAGAGGUUCACAGAAGCAUAGGUUUGCAUAUUUUUACAUUGGCCCUGUAUCUUUAUAGCUGGAGGAACUGCUUCAGUUCUUGGUAGUAAAAAAUUUACAUAGUCUGGGAUUUCUUCCUGAUGCAAACAUUUACUAGAGACCAGAA